UCCUGACGCGACCUGAUGACGCAGAUCCCGGAAGUGCACUCUAGGCCUGGACCAGAAAGUCUCUGCUGCUGCUUCCCAGAGCAGGUCCCGCGAGGGCGAGCAGGCAAACGUCCCGGCGUAUCCUCCUGAUCUCUCCCUAGCCUCUCGCCCCGCGUAGCGAGGACACGUCGCCACUACCAUGGGGGGCGGGGACCUGAACCUGAAGAAGAGCUGGCACCCGCAGACGCUCCGCAAUGUGGAAAAGGUGUGGAAGGCCGAGCAGAAGCAUGAGGCCGAGCGGAAGAAGAUCGAGGAGCUACAGCGUGAGUUGCGGGAGGAGCGAGCCCGUGAGGAGAUGCAGCGCUAUGCAGAGGACGUGGGCGCCGUCAAAAAGAAAGAGGAGAAGCUGGACUGGAUGUAUCAGGGCCCCGGUGGGAUGGUGAACCGUGACGAGUACCUGCUGGGACGCCCCAUUGACAAGUACGUGUUCGAGAAGGCGGAGGACAAGGAGGCCGGCUGCUCCUCCGAGACCGGGCUGCUUCCGGGCUCCAUCUUCGCUCCAGCAGGGGCCAACUCCCUUCUGGACAUGGCCAGCAAGAUCCGGGAGGACCCGCUUUUCCUCAUCAGGAAGAAAGAGGAGGAGAAAAAAAGAGAAGUGUUGAACAACCCUGUGAAAAUGAAGAAAAUCAGGGAGCUGUUGCAAAUGAGUCUGGAAAAAAAGGAGAAGAAGAAAAAGAAGGAGAAGAAAAAGAAGCACAAGAAACACAAGCACAGGAGCUCAAGUAGCACCCGGUCCAGCAGCGAGGACGAGCCCAGUCGGGGGAGGGCUCAAAAGAAGGCCACGGACUCCUUUCCAGUUUUGUCCAAAGUCCCCGGCUAUGGCUUACAGGUCAGGGACCCUGCCCGGGGCCCUUCGGUGGCAGAGGCCAAGGGCACGUCUGGGCUGAAUGACCGGUCCAGGUCGCCGAGCUCUUCCCGCUCUCCGUCCAGACACGCCAGCAGGAGGAACCCCAAGGACAGGAGCCCCAGGGACAGGAGCCCCCGGUCCCCGCCACGCAGUCGAGUUCAGCACAAUGGUAAAGGCAGCCACAGAGAGCGGGCCCCAACCCAGAGCCCGUCCCCGUCCCUGAAGAAGGCCUGCCUGCAGCGGCGCAUGCCCGGCUAUACCAGGAAGCUUUCCCCGGAGGAACUGGAGCGGAAGCGGCAGGAGAUGCUGCAGAAUGCGCGCUGGCGGGAGGAAGAGCGUCUGGACGCCCUCCGGAGGCACGCGCGGGAGGAUGAGCGCGAGCACCGGUUGGAGCAGCUGGACUCCCGCGAUGGCCGCUUCAUCCACCGCAUGAAGCUGGAGAGUGCAGCCACAUCCUCCCUCGAGGACCGGGUGAAGCGAAAUAUCCACUCCCUGCAGAGGACCUCAGCAGCGCUAGAGCGGAACUUCAUGCGCAGGUGAGCGUGUCCUGCGCCAGCCUCCUGGAAGAGCACAAGUGACCUUUUCAGCAGACGGCAGGCUAGCACUGCACAAAGUGACCCUGGCCCUCUUGGAGCCACGGUGAUACCAUAGGGAUCCCGGGGCUACACUGUCUCUGGCUCAGGUCUGCGCUGCACCUUUCUCCCACUGGCUUCACUUCUGAGGCGUGAACUGGACCUGCCUGCCGGAAAGCUCAUUCACCACCUAGGUUCUGCUCACUGGGCUUCCUGAGGAUAAUGUGACAGAAUGAUGUCAGCUUAGAGCAGAGCCAAGAGAGUGACAGAACUGGAGGAGAAUCAGCACAGAAAGCCUUGAGGGGCCUCCACACUUGGAACUGAAAAGGCACAAUGUGUGCAUAUGUACAGAUGUGUCACUUCUCCCCCGAAACUUGGGGCACAGCAAGAGGGUCCAGCUCACUCUGCAGCCUCAAUCUCACAGCCAGGAGGUGCUGAGUCUCCUGAAGGGAAGGAGGCUUUCUCUCCUGGCCCACAGGGUUGACAGACACAGCGAUGUAGACUCGGAACUGUAAGAGUCAGGACCACGUUGCCAGUGUGCCCUGGCUCCCCGGAGUAAAGACAACAGAAGCUGUCGUAUCAUGCCUUCUUUUUAAAUCAUGUGGUGACCUUUCUAUAGUUCUCGAUUUUCAGGAGUUUGCUACUACAGUAUUUUUUAGUCAUGUUAAAAAACAAUACCAAAAGUUUCAAGAGGCAAGCAGGCCAUGAUAUACCCAGCUUUAAUCCCAGCAGGUGGGAGGCUGAGACAGGAGGAUCGCAGUGAGUUUGAGGCCAAUCUGGGCUACACAGCGAGACCCCAGUCUCAGCACAUCUCCAGGGGUAUUCCUUAUCGGUGUUCUUUGUGUGUGCCUGCUGAGGGUGAAGCUCAGGGUCCCAUCCGUACUGGGCAGGUGAUUCCCCAACUCUGCUAGGUGGUCUGGACUCGAGUUAGCUGGGCCGCCACGUCACUGUGUUCCUGACCGCACUGCACUUGGAAUGUAUUCGGAUUUUCAUUUCUCAACACUUCUGAUGCUUUAAACCCACCGCAUCCCCAGAGAGACUGUAACACGCUGGUGUUAUUCAUUUCAUCGCCUCUUCCUGCUGCUGAUGCUACAGCUAAUUAUGCUCUUUAUUUUAUUACUUGGUAAUAAAGGCCACAUUUAUUUUUGUAA